AGCCUAGCUUUCCUCAUGCUGCAGCCCGGGAGGGGAGGGGGCUCCGAAGGAGAGCCUGGGAGGGGAGAGGCGGGGCACAGACGGCCCGCGGGAGGGUCUGCAGAGCCGUGUGCUGGCCUGGGCGCUCCCACCAGCGCCACAGCGAGAAACGGCAGCGCGCGUCGGACGGGCCGAGGAGGACCCUGGAGCUGCCGCGGGACGAGACCCGGCCCCGGGGCCUGCUGCCGAGAGCCCCGCUCCGGGGCGCCCACAGAGCCUGGCCCCCAAGGGGACUUAUGGAGAGCUCACCCACGGCAGGCGCUCCCAGGGCGGCCAGGAAAGGGACCCAGGGACGCUCGAGGUCCAGGACCACCUGGCCUGGCGUGUCCCCCUCAGAGAAGGGGCUGGACACUGGGAGCAAAGAGAGGAGGAAACAUGGCGGCGCCCAUGAGCUUGGCUGUCGCUCUCCGUCUCCGCCUCGGGGCCGCGCCCCGCGUGCCCGCCUACCGCUCCCUCUCCAGCCCCGGGGGCUUCCAGCCCCCCCCCAAGCCGGUCAUCGUGGAGAAGCAGCAGGAGCCGGAGCCGGAGCCGGAGCGCAGGUUCUUAAGCCCGGAGUUCAUCCCUCCCCGGGGGCGCACGAAGCCGCUCAAGUUCCAGCUGGAGCGCCAGGACAUGCUGCGCCGGAGGAAGGUCCUCCCCAUCCCCGAGUUCUACGUGGGGAGCAUCCUGGCGGUCACUUCGUCGGACCCUCACACCAAGGGCAAAACCAGCCGCUUCGUGGGCAUUUGUAUCCAGAGGUCGGGGAGCGGCCUGGGGGCCACCUUCGUGCUGCGCAACACCAUCGAGGGCCAAGGCGUGGAGAUCUGCUUUGACCUGUACAGCCCCCGCAUCCAGGAGAUCCAGGUGCUGCGCCUGGAGAAGCGGCUGGACGACAACCUCAUGUACCUGCGGGACGCCCUGCCCGAGUACAGCACCUUCCCCCUGGACAUGAAGCCCGAGACCCUGGACCCGGGCCAGGAGGUCCCUGUGAAUAAGCUCCAAGUGCGCAUGAAGCCCAGGCCGUGGUCCAAGCGCUGGGAGCGCCCCCAGUUCCGCAUCCAGGGCAUCCGCUUCGACCUGUGCCUGAGCCCGGAGCAGCUGCAGGAGGCGCAGAAGUGGGCCCGGCCCUGGGAAGAGUUCGACAUGAUGAGGGAGAACCGCACGGCCCGGCUGGAGGCCAAGAUCUGGCAGGAAGUGGAGGCCGCCCGCAAGUCCUAGGGCGCCCGCCCGGCUCUGGGGGCUCAGAGGCUUCUGGGGGGGGCUCAGGGAGCACGCACCGAGCUGUACAAUAAACAUUUAUUAAGCAC